AUGGAGACCCUUUGUGACUCAGAGGACACGCUGGCAAAAGUGACCCAGCUCUGGACAAUGCUGGACUACAUGGCUGAGAGCAAUCCUGAGAGUUAUCACCGGUUCAUGCAGCAACAGCUGAAGGAUGCAAAGCAGUAUUAUGCACCUCCAGAGCCAUACCUGUGCCUGAAGACCCAUAUUUUGGAUCCUACUGAAAAAUCAUUGUUCAUUAACCUCUGUAUGUGGAAUAAGGUCCCAGCACCCCACUCACCAUCUGAGCCAGUGCCAUUAAGUGCAGGCAAAAUGGAGGAGGUGUCUGAUGAAUCAGAGCUGUUCAGUGUCCUUGAUAUCGCAUACAAUCCAUCUGUUCUUGAAAGGGGAAAGGGUGACCCAGUAGAGAAGGACCAGUUGAUACGCCUGUCGCUCAAGUAUAUCGAGGAGCAUUACAGCAUCACCCUGUCCCACUCCUACAGUAUUGCAAAAUUCAAACUGAAAGGAAGCCUUGAAAGGAUGAGACAGAACUUAAGAAGAGAGCAGGCACCCGCGGUUUUGUCCCAGAAGAACACAAGGAAAGAGGUGACACUCAGCCAACUGGGAAAUAUUAUAGCGAAGGACGAUAGCAGUGAGCUUACUUUGCUGAUGAACCACAGCGUGCCUUCUAAAACAUGCAUCAUUGAAGAGAUUUCCAGUACAGAGGCACCAGAGGAAUUGUGCACGCCAGCCUAUGAGCUCACCACCAGGAAGGAUGUGAACGGGGAGCCUCUAAAGGUUGAAGUGAAAGUUGAAUUGCCGGAGGUGUCCCACGUCUCUGAAUGUAACCUGAGUAUUUCUAAGGAUGACGUAUUGAUUGAAUGCCCUAAUAAAUACAGAUUGCAGUUGGAUCUUCCAGAGUCUGUGAAUGAAGAAGCUACAACAGCGACAUUUUACAAGGGCAAACGUGUCUUGCGUAUCACAAUGCCUGUGUGCCAUUAGAAGUGAUGUUAGCAAAGCUGACGUGUGUGUUAUAUAUUUAUAAUAUACUCACUCAGCACUUCUAAAGAUUUUGCACUGGUUAAUACUAAGUCUGCUGGCUGCUUGCCUGUAUUUUACUCCUCUAUGCCUUUGAGUAGGAAUCCCAACUGCCCUUUGGAGAGAUGCAGAGGGUCAGUAACGUGCUGACGGAAGAUAAGAUAUGUUCCCAAGUACAGAAGUGAAAUGCCACA